UGCUGGAACAAAAAGCAUACACUUUGAAGACUCAACUGUGUCUUCGAUAUGUGAGAUAGACUGCCCACACGGCUUCCCCCAUGUAUGUAAAAUGUCUGUUGCAGCAUAUGAAAAGGAUUGGACUCCACUUCAAACGCAGAUGUUUUUUCAAGCACCACUGGAUUUCCUCAGAAUGACUCUGGAGAACUUCGUUAAAGAUGAGAUAAAGCGUUCUCUCUUCAUGGCUAUGAUUAAAAGAGAUGGGAAGAUUAGUGGACAAGACUUGGAGGAGGAUGAUAGCCUCGGUUAUGAAGGCAGAACAGCUGCUGAUGAUAUGGUUGGAUCUUACCUCAAGAAGGAAGACGACACCUUCAUGUUUGAUCACCCGUCUAUAUAUGACAGUGUUUCCUUUAUUCUAAGUACAAAACUGUCGAAGUUUGUCAUAGAAAAUUGUAGUUUGUCCUUUAUAAAUCAGCGACUUCGUCUUGCACCCUCCAUAGAAAAAACGGGAAACGCCGCCUGUGAGACAGGCGUGGUUGCAAACAUCUCGUGGACGUAUGCUGGACAUUUAGCAAGAAGAUUUGCAUCUGAAAUUAGACAGUGCAAUUUGUCAUAUGUUUUAUCACACCAGGCAUUUUGUAAUUCAGACUUUGUUGGCUUGCUAAUGGACUGCCUGAAGACCCAGUUUCACAUGCGUGUAUCUGAUAUUGUGAAACUAACUGAUAACUCAUCCAACAAGUCAUUUUGUGAAUUACUCUCCAGCAACAAGUCACAUCAUCUCAUCAAAUAUAUUGUGGAGACAGAAAAUAUCUCCUUCUCCCAGAGUGAAGGAAAGGACAUUUUACUGGGUGUGUGCAAAUAUGCUGCGUGCGAUAUACUCAAAUACAUCAGUGGAUAUAUGAAAGUUGAGAUAAAUGCUACAUACGGUCGGGAGAAAGAGACGCCGCUUAUGCUGGCAGCAAAAACCAGGGACAGUGUGUUUGUCAAUCAGAUUAUAUCUCUUCAUCCUGACCUGAAUGCAAGAAACGAGUUCGGUCAAAGUACGUUUUAUUAUCUUUGUAAAAGAGGCCUCACAUCGGCUGUGGCCCAUGCAAUUGACAUGGGAGUGGAAGUUAAUCAGGAUCAUGGGUACGAUGGACACCCUCUAUACCAUGCCAUAGAGGAAGGCCAUUUAGAGAUUGUGAAACUGUUGGUUAACAGAGGAUGUGAUAUAGAUAACCAGAAAGGUCUUGCAUGUGCUGCUAGUAGCCUGAACACGAACAUGGUACGUUAUUUUCUAGACAGAGGAGCAGUGAUUGACGGCAGUGUUGUGUGCAGAGCUUGUGUGGUCGGUAACGGGAAUAUAGUCGAGAUGCUGUUUGAGAAUGGUGCUACUGUUAAUACGGUGUUACCUAAUGGAGACACUCCUCUACUCAGUUCAUGUGACGGAAACCCAACAGUUGUCUCGAGUUUGCUGACGAAAGGAGCAAGUGUCAAUCAAGCUUCAAAUGUUACAGGUGACACACCACUUCAUAGAGCAGCCAGACGAGGAUCUACACAGUGUAUUGAUGUGUUAGUGAAGGCUGAAGCUGAUGUUAAUGUACAUAAUAAUACAGGUGACACACCACUUCAUAGAGCAGCCAGAUGGGGAUUUACAGAGUGUGUCGAUGUAUUACUGAAGGCUGGAGCUGAUGUUAAUGUACAGAAUAAUACAGGUGACACAUCACUUCAUGCAGCAGCAGCAGAGUGGGUAUCUACAGAGAGUAUUGACGUGUUACUGAAGGCUGGAGCUGAUGUUAAUGUAAAGAAUAAUACAGGUGACACACCACUUCAUACAGCAGCAGCAGCAAUUUGGGGAGGUACAGAGCAUGUUGGUGUGUUAGUGAAGGCUGGAGCUGAUGUUAAUGUACAGAAUAAUACAGGUGAAACACCACUUCAUAGAACAGCAAGACUGGGAUCUACAAAGCGUGUUGAUGUAUUAGUGAAGGCUGGAGCUGAUGUGAAUCUAAAAAACAACACAGGUGACACACCACUUUCUGCAGCAGCAGCAGCAGCAAGACGGGGAUCUACACAGUGUGUUGAUGUGUUGGUGAAAGCUGGAGCUGAUGUUGAUAUACAUAGUAAUACAGGUGAUACACCACUUCAUAGAGCAGCAAGACGGGGAUCUAAACAGUGUGUUGAUGUGUUACAGAAGGCUAGAGCUGAUGUUAAUGUACAGAAUAAUACAGGUGACACACCACUUCACACGGCAGCAGCAGCAGAACGAAGAUGUACAAAAUGUGUUGAUGUGUUACUGAAGGCUGGAGGUCAUGUUAAUGUUCAGAGUAACACAGGUGACACACCACUUCACAGAGCAGCAAUGUGUGGAUCUACAGAGUGUGUUGAUGUGUUAGUGAAGGCUGGAGCCGAUGUAAAUGCACAGAAUAAGACAGGUGACACACCACUUCAUGCAGCAGCAGCAGACCGGGGAUCUACAAAGUGUGUUGAUGUGUUACUGAAGGCUGGAGCUGAUGUUGAUCUACAGAAUAAUACAGGUGACACACCACUUCUUAAAGCAGCAGCAGGAUGGGGACCAACAGAGUGUGUUGAUGUGUUAGUGAAGGCUGGUGCUGAUGUUAAUAUACAGAGUAAUACAGGUGACACACCACUUCAUAAAGCAGCAGCAGAACGAGGAUGUACAAAAUGUGUUGAUGUGUUACUGAAGGCUGGAGCUCAUGUUAAUGUUCAGAGUCACACAGGUGACACACCACUUCAUAGAGCAGCAAGAUGGGAAUCUGCAAAGUGUGUUGAUGUGUUACUGGCGGCUGGAGCUGAUAUCAAUGUACAGAAUAAUACAGGUGACACACCACUUCAUAGAGCAGCAAGAUGGGAAUCUGCAAAGUGUGUUGAUGUGUUACUGGCGGCUGGAGCUGAUAUCAAUGUACAGAAUAAUACAGGUGACACACCACUUCAUAGAGCAGCAAGAUGGGAAUCUGCAAAGUGUGUUGAUGUGUUACUGGCGGCUGGAGCUGAUAUCAAUGUACAGAAUAAUACAGGUGACACACCACUUCAUAGAGCAGCAAGAUGGGAAUCUGCAAAGUGUGUUGAUGUGUUACUAGAGGCUGGAGCUGAUAUCGAUGUACAGAAUAUUACAGGUGACACUACACGCCAUACAGCAGCAAGAUGUGAAUCUACAGCGUGUGUUGAUGUGUUACUGAAGGCUGGAGCCACUGUUAAUGUACAGAGCAAUGCAGGUGCCACACUUAAUUAA